CCACGGAUCCACACUCUGUCCAGAAAUGAACUUCCUUCCUUGCCUGGUCCUUUACAGAACAAACACUCCGAGGCAUGUAUAAAUGGGAGCAAUGGUGAACCGCCGGACGCAGUUUCAGCUUCAGAUCGUCGAUCAGAUUCGUCAAUACAACCAGAGGUCUAAAUUAUAAACCCUCCUCACUUCUCCAGCAUGAAUCUGGCAACUCUGGCGCUAUUCUUCUGCGGACUUUUCCUGCAGGAAGCUACCGCCUCUCAGAGCGCUCGGUGCUCCGGGGGUCUCUGCUGUUUCCAGCGGUCUGUAGACUUUAAAGCUGCGGAGAAAGCCUGCAAAGAGUCGAACGGAGAGUUGAUCCAGUCCAGCUCUGCUGACCUGAUGGCGGCGUUAAAGCGUCUGAUGAACGAAUUCAGAGGGAGAUUCUGGCUGCACAGUGGCCCAAACUGCACCGCCGUCUCUGUGGGGAGGGGGCUCAGAGUCGAUUUGCUCUCAGAGCCGUGUCGAAACACCAUGGACGGCUUCUUGUGCCUGUAUAACUCCUCUUCUGUUUGCAGCGCCGUUAAGAGCAGCGGAGGCACCUUAGUGACGUACAGCACACCUGCGGGCUUUGACGUACUGGAAUCGGACACGUUUCCCCCGGGGACGCUGGCCUUGGUGUGGCGCCCCGGCGCACAAUACCCGGACUCAAAGCAAAUGUGUUCCUCCGACUGGUGGCAGGCUCCGUGGAACUGUGAGGUUCUGCAGGGCGGCUGUGACCACGGCUGCACUAAAACAGGGAACACCUGUGCGUGUCCAACCGGGCAUUUGGUCCAUCACAACAAUUUCUCCUGCAUGGAGCCCACGGCCACCAGCUCCCCGUCGGAGAUCCAGUGGUGCAGCAGCGGCUACAAACUGGGGAAGGAUGGCAAAAGCUGCAAGGACGUGAAUGAGUGCGCGGACGAGUUGGACCAUUGCACGGCUGAGGGUGAGAAGUGCAUAAACCUGGAUGGAGGAUACAUGUGCAUGUGCGCGGAUGACUUUGAGGAGGAGGAUGGCGCCUGCGUGAACGUGUCGAUCUGCAACUCAUGUGAGCACAUGAACUGUCAGAAGAUCAGCGGGGUGUACCAAUGCGUUUGCAGGGAGGGCUUCAGGGUGUCCCCCAAAGAUCCCACCAUGUGCGAGCAUUACUGCAACCAGAGAGAGUGCCCUGCGAUCUGUAACCACAAUCCGGAGCUGGAGGAAAAGGACAUGCAGCAGUGCUACUGUCCCGAGGGCUACAUCCUGGACAUCAGAGAGAGGAAGGCCUCCUGCUACGACAUUAAUGAAUGCGAAGCCCAAGAGUUCUGCGAUCACAAGUGCGAGAACCUGUUCGGUGGGUUCAGGUGUGUCUGCAGGGAAGGCUACAAGCUGCAGGGGAAAGAAAAGUGUGUCCGUCAGCAGGAGACGGAGGAGGAGGAGGAGGAGGAGGACGCAUCAGGGUCACCGCCACUCGUUCCAGCCGGCACACCGAUCAGCCUCCAGCCGGCCGCCCUGCCAUCUUACGUCAAGACCGGCAGCGUCCUGGGCAUCACUGUGUUCCUGGUGCUGUGCGCGGCGCUGCUGGUGUGCGUGGUCAAAAUCUCGAUGAAACGCUGCCGCAGUAUGAAACUGUAUUCCUUAAAACACCCGGACAUAGAUAUCUUCUACCUGCAGCAAAUCACAACAGAGACUUACAAAAGGUUAUCGUCCGAUAAGCAACUUAAAAACGAAUCGCAAACAGUGUGAGGGCACACCUGCAGAGAUAGAGCAGAGAUGCACCGAUCAGGCUUUUUCUGGCCGAUACCAAUUUAACGUUUUCUUUGUUUAAAAGACUGAUUUUGAUUUUUUACCAUUCCUCAUUUUGCUCUGAAAAGCAAACCAAAUUCUACCACAGGUUCUAUGAUAAAGACAGUUUUGUAUUUAACAGAAAAGGAAGAAAUUACAGAAGUAUACUCAUUAGCAUAAAAUCUGAUUUUUAUGAAACCCUAAAAAAAAGUAUCAGAGAACCUAUUGUUUGUUGGUGUAUUUAUAGACCAGAAAUGAUGAGUUUGUAGCUAUAAUAAGGAUUACAGGCCAUUUCAUUUCAUUCAUUCUUUUGGUCUGAUGCACUGAUGUCUAUCGUCUGAGACAGAAAAUACUCCAAAGCUACAUUAUAUAUCGCACUGUAAAGCCAUACUGUACAUGAGUGAAGUGAGAAAUGAAGAACAGCUUUAAGGUCUUUGUAUUUUUUUUAACAAUAGAAUUUAAGUUAUUUCUGUGCUCCAUCCGAAAAUAAAUAUCUUCACUUCACUCAGUUUUUAACUAGAAGAUGCCCUAACCAGUUAAAGUAAUGGUACUAUUGGCAUAAAGUCCAGUUUCCAACAUUUCUCAACCAUGCAACACUCCAUGCAUACAGCAUUUGUAAACUUUAACUUGUUUUAGUUCUCUAAAAAGUCACAUUCAGUGUGAAGCUAAAGCAAGGAUGAACACUGGAUGUAACAGAAAACAAACAGUAUUAGCUACUGUUGCUGAACACUUUUUAUGUUUGCUCUGGAUUUAUGGACCCGACACAAUCACUGCAGAUCUCUUUAUCAAUGGAAGAGGACCACAUGAAGCGGUGCAGCAUGUAAACACGCUGGACUGAUGAGUUAAAUAUAAAGUAGUAAAUAUAUUAACAGUGAAAUGAAAGCUGAACGUCAGGUUUUUCACAGCCUGAUUUGUGCAGAAAUAUUCACUGUGUGUGACAAACGAACUGGGAAAUGAGUGUCACUGACAAGGAAAUGCAACAAGCAUCUCUUAGAGUUCUUUUGAAUGUUCAGAGUUCGCAGCGUCUAUACACCGCAACUAAUAACUUUACCGUUUAACAGUUUGAACCUCACCGGUCAGCUUCAUAUGAAUGUAAACCCUGUGCUGCUGCUGCUGCAUAUAUUACAGCUGCAAACAUCUGGUCGAACAGCCGUACGGCAAGUCUUGUUGCAAUAAAUCCCGGUUUUUACUGCUUCCGUUUUCUAGCUAAUGAUGCCAAAGCAGAAAAGGUGAUAUAUCAGGAAGCAGAAUCAGAAAGAAAUGUAGCUGGACAACAGCAAAAAGUAAGCCAGUUCCUCAGUAAUUCAUGAAAAAUGUUAUACUGUGUUAAGUCUUUCAAUUAAUUCCUCCUUUUUAGAAUAAAAGUCCUUUUAUGUUCUCAAACCAAGAAGCCUUACUUUUUUCUAAUCAUUUAAAAGUUGUCUUUAUCAGUUUCCCAGAUUUUCUGAAGGUCUUUCAGAGGCUUUAAAGCUUAUUUUCUUACUUAUAAUAAGCAGAUUUGUUAAACUUAAACAUUUUCAGCGCAAAGUAUUUUUUUCACAAAAUAUUGCAUACAAACCAUUGGAGAAAGUGAAUAAAGAUGAAAAGUUGUCUAUA